AUGGCAACCGACUUCAUAAUGCCUCAGGUGCCCACAACUUCUCGCGACCAUUACUUCCAUCAGCCACAACCACACUUCCAGCAGACCCACCGCUACAACAACAGCACAUCGCGUACCAGCAAUGUCUAUACCAACUCGGCCGCCAACUUUGUCACGCCCUACAAUCCCCAGAUUUCUCCCCUGAGCACCUCCAACAACAGUUCGCCCAUAAGUCCCAAGUCGCAAUACCACACCCGCCAAGUGCGUCCGCUCUACAUCCCGGCCGUCCUACGUCCCAACGAGCAUCCGUCGCGUGAGGUCUCAUCCAAGGCGAAACAGCGCGGCAAGACCGACCUAGACGGCGACAGCAAUGCCGCGGGCGGUGAGGGUGCCGUUGACGACGAGGAUGAAGAAGAUGCCGAGGGCCGCCGCGUGAUGCGGUCUAGUGGCAGCUUCAUCAGCCUGACCGGUCUCGGUGCCUUUGGCUUCGGCAGGCUCAGCCGCCGCACAACCAACGACAGCGCCAAGUAUGUCGACGGGGUCUGGAACCUGGACUUGUUUCCCGAGGUGACGGAGCUUCCAUCCCGAGACCACUGGAAGCCUGAUGCCGAGUCGACCAUGUGCGAUGAACCCACGUGCAAGAAGCACUUCAACUACUUCACACGCCGGCAUCACUGUCGGCGCUGUGGCAAUAUCUUCUGCGACUUUCACUCGGCCUACGGCAUUCCCCUCGACGGGAACGCGAACUACAACCCCCGUGGCUUCCAGAGCCGCGCCUGCGCGUAUUGCUACCGCGAGUUCAGGGCUUGGCGUACCCGCACCAACAGCAGCGACUUGUCGGCCGACGGCAGCGCCACCCAGACUGCCAACGGGGCUGUUGCCGGUGCCGCCAUCGGAAAGUCGGCCACCGCCCCGACGAGUCCCGUACUGGCACUGGCCGGACGUCCAGCUGCCCCGGGCGCUCCAGGCGCACCAACCGUAGCAAAGGUUCCAGACGUUGCGCAGAGUGUGCCUGGCGACUGGAGCUGGAGCACGUUUUAA